GCCGCAGAUCAUCCGCUCUAUUAUAGAAGCAUUGCUGAGUUUGAGCUACGGCAAUCUUUCCCAAGCCUCGUCAUUGUUCUGUCGAUAUGCGGUUCAAACGUCGUUCAGAUGUCAUUCCACGGACCGUUUCGUUACAACCAACAGGAGAAUUCGAAGGUAGCGAUGGGAAGUGGUCGACGUUCGCCAUAUCAGUGGGAUCAGACUACCAGCCGUUUCGAGUAUUAGUCUCGACCGCCUCUCCAAGCACAUGGAUUCCAAGAGACGGCUCUUGCAACAAUGGCGAUGUACCAAGCAACUGUACGGAGUUAAGAGGGAUCGGUGCCAACCUGGGUACGAGAAGCCCGGGAUAUCAACUCGACCCGUCAGCGGAGUUGGACCAAGGUGUCUAUCCUCUGAAAGUCGGCAACGAUGAUACGAAAGAUCGAUAUGGACCAUCUUUUGACAUGGCCGCGAGGUUUGCAAACGACUCAAUCACCCUAUCCGGCGACUCCGACAAUGGCGUGACGCUGGAUUCCCAAGUCAUCGCUGCCUUCGUUACAAACAAGACUCUCCUGGGCUCCUUGGGAUUAUAUUAUGCUGAAAAUUCCUUCGGAAGGGUAUCUGCUGGGUCGAUGCUCUCCACGAUCCAAAACAGUACAGAUACUUUCAAGCCGAGUCUCUCAUAUGGCUAUACCGCAGGUGCAAUCUACGCAUCCCCGAGAUCCCUUGGUAGUUUGGUUAUUGGAGGAUACGACAGCUCCAGAUUCAAUCCCUCACCAUAUUCAUAUGACCUGGACAAAACCACGAAGGAGAUGCGACUCUCUGUGCAGUCUAUUAAAGCAACCUAUGAAUCAGGGAGUGAUUCGCUUGAUCUUUCUCGAGACAAUUUCGAGAUUGAACGACACACCGUCCUUCUGGAUUCAACAUUGCCUUAUAUGUUCCUUCCGAAGAGCAUCUGCGACCGCUUUGAAGAAGUUCUCGGCCUCACAUACGAUAACACCACUGGUCUCUAUCUCACUGAUGAGGCGAAUCGAUCAAAACAUCGUGAACUCAACACCACCAUCCAGUUCAAUCUUGCAGAUGACUACAAGUCGACCAGCAUUACUCGCAUUUCGUUACCAUUUGCUGCCCUCGACCUCGAAGCCUCCUGGCCAACGGUUCCAAACGGGAACCAAACGCGCUUCUUUCCUAUUCGAAGAGGCGUUGCAACUGAUAAAUACAUCUUGGGUAGGGCAUUUAUGCAGGAAGCAUAUAUCAUUGUCGACUACGAACGGGGCAACUUUUCCGUCGCCCAGUCACGAAAUUUUGGCCCAGCUCCGUCACCCAACAUCGUUACCAUUGAUUCGCCUGGUGCGGAGAAAAAUCCGGGAGGGCUCAGCACCGGAGCUCAGGCGGGCAUCGGCGUUGGCGUCGCGGCGUUGGUGAUCGCCCUAUGUGCGCUCACAUGGUUCCUGAUCUGGCGACGGCGAAGGAAGACAGGCCGGGCCGAACUGGACGGCUCGUCCAUCGAACCUGAAGAGAAGCCCCCCACCGAUCGACGCCUCACCGCGCAGAGCGUCGCAUCCACUGAACUUCCCGGAUCGCCCGUCCCCGAACCCGCGCGGCCCUUCAGGGACCGUCGACGCGCCUCCGAGCUGUCCGCCACGCCGGAGAGCGACCUGGAAGGCUACUUCGCUCCGCAUCACCGCAAGACGGCGUCGGACACAAGCUCCGAGGUGGGUUCGCCGACGAACUCCGAGGGCCGGCUCAGUCGGCAACAUCAACGGGGUACAUUUGGAGGUUAUGUCCCUCCCAGCCCCAUCGCCGAACUCCCGGGGAACACGUGGGUUGGUAGUGGGGUGCCGAAUGGGAGGUCUCCCAGCCCUCCGCAAACCCGUCCGGAAAGCCCUCCGGAAAGCCCUCCGGAAAGCCCUCCGAAAACCCCUCCAGAAAGCCCUCGGACUACCUCAAGAUCUCCUCGACGGCUAUCUGGCUCUUCUGGGGGAGGAACGAAAGAUGUGUCACCUGAGAAAAAUCCCGAUUGAGGCUCUCAGCAUAAAUGCGCCACGCCAUGAAUCCGUGAUAUGAAAGGAUUUAAG